AAAAAUCAUUUUUUGAUACUAUGAACAUUCUACGAAAUUAAAACUUUUUAAGUAGAGACCAUACAAGAUAGAUAUGUACAUAAACUUAUGAAAUCUUGGUAUAUAGAUUACAUUAUACGAUCGUGAUAUAGAGGUAGAUUAAAUCACAGAGAUGUCUCAACCUUGGAUAUCUGAUCUCAUUGGUGUCCUGAAAGGAGCUAGGGCGGUAACUAAUGCCAUUAUAAAACAUCAAGAAGAUGCAGUUAAACGUACAGUACAAACAUCGAGUUUGAAAACUGCUGCAGAAAAAUGUACAACAGAGUGUAUAAAAAAAUUCAAAAACAUAGAACCAAGUAAGGUUCCUGAACAAGUAGCAGGGGAGCUCAAAGAAGUGGUUGAACGAUUAAAUGUUGUUGAAAAAGGUUUAAUGGAAUUUGUUAAAAUAAAAUCUAACAAAAUGAUCGGUGCGUCUUCAGAUCCCUAUGAUUCCACACCAAUCCAAAAAACUAAGCUAUAUGCUUACAAUAUUGCAAAAGAUCCUAAAGAAGUAUCAAUUGAGCCUGACAUAAUAAACGAGAAGCAAAAUAUUACGUCUGCAAGUACAACUAAUACACAAAAGAAACAAGAUAGACCUACAAUAAGAAAAUAUACAACAGUAAAGGAAAAAAUAGAAACAAUGACUAAGUUAGAGAACAAGAUACCCAUGAUUGAGCUUUCAGAUAAAGAUAAAGAAAUUUUAAGAAGAUUGGAAUUGGAACAUGAAAAGAAUAAAACAUAUGAUACUCCAAAAGAAAAUACUAUAAAAGAAAUUGAUUCUGAAAUAAAACAAGAAUCUCUGAAGGUAGUUCCAGAGAAACCACAAGUUAGACCAUCUGUGAAACCAAAGCAAACUCUUUCACCUAAUGCAAAAGCUCAGAAAGUUCCAUCUACUAGAUUCCAGAGAAUGAUGAGCUUUGGUACAUUAGGAAUUGGUCUUGGUGUUGGUACAGUUGCAGAAUACACACGUAGAACACUUGGUUUAAAAACACAAAGCCUUGGUGAGACAUUUGAUAAUAUGUUUCUUACAAAGGCAAAUGCUGAAAGAAUAGUUUCAACUUUAUGUAAAGUAAGAGGUGCAGCAUUAAAGAUAGGACAAAUUUUAAGCAUUCAAGAUGAAACCAUUAUAAGUCCCGAAUUACAGAAGAUUUUUGAAAGAGUUAGACAGAGUGCUGACUUCAUGCCAGCAUGGCAAGUUGAGAAAGUAUUAGCUGCUGAACUUGGGCACGAUUGGAGGAAUAAAUUAGCUACCUUUGAAGAGAAACCAUUUGCUGCAGCAUCUAUUGGUCAGGUUCAUCAUGGUACUUUAUUAAAUGGUCAAGAUGUAGCAAUUAAAAUUCAAUAUCCUGGUGUAGCUAUGGGAAUUCAAAGCGAUGUUGAAAACUUAGUAGGCUUAAUGAAGGUUUGGAAUAUUUUUCCGAAAGGCAUGUUCAUAGACAAUUUAGUAGAAGUUGCGAAUCGAGAACUUGCAUGGGAAGUAGAUUAUAUACGCGAAGCAGAAUGUACAAAAAGAUACAAGAAACUCAUGGAAUCUUACAAGGAUUAUUGUGUUCCAGGAGUAAUAGAUGGAUUAUCGACGAGUCAAGUUUUUACAACGGAAAUGGUAGAAGGUAUUCCAGUAGAUAAGUGUGUCAGUUUGGAUAUGGAAACAAGAGAACAUAUUUGUAGACUGAUAAUGAGUUUAUGCCUUAAAGAAUUAUUUGUCUUCCGAUAUAUGCAAACAGAUCCAAACUGGUCGAAUUUCUUUUACAAUACUUAUACUAGACAGUUAGUUUUACUAGAUUUUGGAGCCUGUAGAGAGUACGAAAAAUUAUUUAUGGAUAAAUAUAUUAGAAUAAUUUAUGCUGCCAGUGAAGGUGAUCGUAAUACAAUUCUAAAUUUAUCUAGAGAAAUGGGAUUUCUUACUGGAUAUGAAUCUAAAAUUAUGGAAGAAGCUCAUGUAGAUGCAGUAAUGGUUCUAGGACAAGUGUUUGAUAAGAAACAUAAAUAUUACGAUUUUGGGGGACAAGAUGUGACUAAUCGAAUCCAAUCAUUGGUUCCAACCAUUUUAGAUAACAGACUUUGUCCUCCACCAGAAGAAAUAUAUAGCUUGCAUAGAAAAUUAUCAGGAAUUUUCUUAUUAUGCGCCAAGUUACAAGUUAAAAUAAAUUGCCGUGAUAUGUUUCGUGAAGUGUAUGAUAAUUACAAGUUUGGUUAACCUAAUUACUGUGUAAAUAACAAUUCUACAUUAUAAAUGAAUUAAAUAUGUAUAUAUAAACGUAGAAGUAAAAGCUGAGCUUUGUAAUUAAUGUUUUCUGUUAUAACCUUGCUGUUAACAUGACCUUUCUAAAUUCUGAUGUUUUCGUAUUGUGCACUUUUAUACUAUCCUGUAUAAUAAAAUUGUUUAAAAAAUGUA